AUGCUUCUGCAACUAAAAGUUUUUUCCGAUAGGUUUACGCAGGCAUUCAUUUUUGAGACUGGCAUCUUCUGUUUCAGAAAAGUCGUAGAUCAACAAACAUAUGUGGUGAGUAUCGAGUCACUCACACAGCAGCCAAGCCCACGAGCACCCUACUAUGCAGAAUGUCGCAUUCAACCACGGCCGCCUUAUCCAAUUCGAUUUACCUGGUACUUCAAGGGGCGCCAUCAUUCAGACGACCAAAGGCUACGCAUUCCCGAACUGAACGACUACACCACCGGCGAAUACACUUGCCAAGUGAUCGUCACCCCACCCACAGGAAGUCCGCUAGUCGCCAAUGCCACUAGAUCAAUCUACUACAGACCGGUACUACCGCCCGAUGGCGCCGGUCAUCAGACCUACCGGGUAAGCAUGGAACCACUGACACAGAGAAUAGAACACAGGGCACCCUACUCUGCAGAAUGUCGCGUUCAGCCAACGCCUCGCUAUCCCGUCCGCUUUACUUGGUACUUCAAGGGGCGUCACCACUCACAGGGCGAACGACUGAACAUUCCUGAAUUGAACGAAUACACAUCCGGCGAAUACACCUGUCAGGCAGCCCUUGAACAGCCUUCGGGAAGCCCUCUGCUUGUCAAUGCCACCAGGACCGUCUACUACCGCAGCACUCCGCCAACUGAUUCAGGUUACCUUCUUUACUGGUUACCUUGUAACAGUAUAAAGAUGCCAAAACAAGCGAACAUGCGUGUCCCAGGAAGCAAUUGA